AUGUGUAAGUUUCAGCGUGCGCUUUGGAGCGACAUCUUUACCGGCCGUCUGACUAAGGAGAUUCCAUGUGUCGUGAAAUCUUUGUGUGAUGCCAUGAUGAUUUCGGGAACUUGCUUAGUGGAACUCGACUUAUCUCAUAAUGCUUUUGGUCCAAUUUGUGCUGAUUCCCUUAGAGAAUUUCUCGAAUCUGCUUAUUCACUUGAGAUUCUAAAACUCGAAAAUAAUGGUCUUGGUACUGGUGGUGUUACAGUAGCUAAUGCUUUACUGAAAUGUUGCGAAAAUGCCGAACGUAAUGGUACAAAAUUUGGUCUUAAAACUUUAAUUGCCGGUAGAAAUCGAUUAGAACAAGCUGGAGCUGUCGCUUUCGCUAGUUUUUUUUCGAGAGUGUGUACUUUGGAAGAAAUCAAUUUGUAUCAAAAUGGUAUCAAUGCCAUUGGUAUCAAACAACUUGUUUCAUCCUUUGGUGCAAAUCAUCAGUUAAAGAUAAUUAAUUUAAGCGAUAAUACUUUCACAGCAGUUGCUGCUGAAGCAAUCGCCUUGGUAUUGCCUCAGUUACCAUUAAUCGAAGAAUUGAAUUUCAGCGAUUGUUUAUGUCGAAACAAGGGAGCAUCAGCUAUUAUAACCAGUUUAAAUCCCAACAUACAUCAAUCAUUAAAGAUGAUUAAUUUGUCGGGCAAUGAGAUGAGUCCUUCGGUUGUUGAAGCUGCGUUAAAAAAAUUAUCUAAUGGCUUCCAUCUUCAAAGUUGCAUUUUGCACACAAAUAACUUGGGUAGUAGUUUUAAUACAAUGAAGCAAUAUUGGAUUUCACGAGAUUUCGUGGAUUUGGGAAAUGAAAGUGAUGAUCAAGGGUCCUUGGAAGAUGGAGAUAGAGAAUUUCAUUCGGAUGAUUCAAGUGAUGAAGAGCAAUUUGCUCUAAACAAGAGCGAUUUUGUGGAAGCAGAUUCAAAAACUUUAUUAUCCGAUAAAGAAAUGACAGUUUCAUUUCGUGAUCAGCAGAAUCAGUGGAAUACAGUUGAUGAUGUUCUGGAUGUCACAUCCGCUCUUUCCGCAGAAAAGCCAGUACAUAUCUUCGAAUUGAAGGGAAAUUCAUUGGGUAUUGUCGCGGGUGAAUGUAUUGCUAAUUCCUUGCGCUUUCAUCAGGAACUCAAGAAGGCAUUGUGGAGUGAUUUAUUCACUGGCCGCAAGAAACAAGAAAUCCCACCAGUUUUGGUAAAAUUUUUUUAUUUUAUUUAUCAAUAUAUUUUAUUUAUUUACAAAAAAUCAGGCGAGGCAUUAUGCCGUAUGCUUGUGCCAUGA